UUGGUCAAGCUGAAACAAAAUGGCGACUUACAUGAACGCAACGCAGACGACAUACACAACAACAAUUUAGUUGAUAUUUAUGUUCGCAGAAAUGCAUUUAAUUCGGAUGACAAUGCUGUGUCAUAAGUUCGUGUCAUGCACGAAGAGGGUGGGCUCACAUUUCUGUUACUACAAUUCAAAACGAUGGGCCAGCAAUGCAUAUAAGGAACUAGAAAGGGAGAGAAACAGGUCCACCACGAAAGCUCUGUCACAUUUUGACGAUUUUUAUGGUAGUCUCUUUCAGGAACAGUGGCCAUCUAUACGGGUGGCAUUGCUUUCUGCACCGAAGAGAGGGGUUGUUGUUAAUAAUUUUAGUGACAAAGAAAGAAUAUUAAAGGAUUUGCAAAAUGAAGGAGCGUACAAUAUUCGUGAAAUAUUUGAGGAACAACAGAAAAUUGUGAAAGACAAGUUUCCAGAUGAAGUUUUGAUGGGUUCUCAAGAUGUGUAUCAAGUGGAGGGCAGUAUAGAAGAAAUGCUAUUGAGGCAGCAAAGAGCAGAUUCAGAUCAAAUUUAUCCAGAGCCUCUACAUUCAAUAAGUAGUGAAAUAUCUAGAAAUUCUGCAAGCAAACAAUUUGAGGAAAAAGCCAGUGACGAUGAUGAUAAUUUCAAAGUGUCUGAAGACCCUACAAAAGAUUUACCCUUGUCAGAAACUUUGAAAACAGCUGACUAUGAUAAAAGUCGUCUUAUUGCACCAGGGCCCUUAGCCUCUGAGAUGAGUGCUUCCCUCUACGAUUUUGUGCCGGCAACAAAAUUGAAAGGCAUGGAUGAUUAUAUUCCAGAGUCAGCUCACUACAGCUAUUACAAAGAAAGCCCUGAAGCUCCCAUUGAAAUAGAACCUGAAGAUGAUAUUCAUUUUCCUCAUCUUCUUGAUAUUUUUGCUUAUGAGAGGGGAAAUUGUGAUGCUUUUCAGCUGUCCCAGAAAGGAUCAACAGAUGUAUUUGAUUACCACAUUAUUAGCCUGGGAUCGCUUGCUCCUGUUUUAGCCCUUGAUGUGAAGAAGGGAGAUGUGGUGCUAGACCUAACAUCGCUCAACCUCGAUAUCCCCAUCAUUAUCUCUCAGACUUUAGUACCAGGGUUGUUUAUUAUGAAUUGUGACAAUACUGGCCGAGCUAAAUAUUUUCUGCGAACUAUGAAGUCUUAUUUCUAUGAUGCUGGUGAAAUGGAAUCUAAUAUACACGUUUCCGAUUGUCAUCCACUUGAAAUGGAAGAGAAAGAGAAAUUUAACAAGAUAAUUGUGUCAGUGCCAAACACAAGAGACAGGCAAGCAGUUACUUCAGAAGAAGAGAAUUUGUUUAAUCCUGCAAGAGUAAAGCAAAGGAUCAAAAUUCCAGAAGUUCAAACUGCAUUCCUUAGGAAAGCACUUGAACUGGUAAAGGAAGGUGGUACUGUUGUUUAUGUCACUGAAUCCAUGUCCCCCAUUCAAAAUGAUGGUGUUGUGCAGAAGGCCUUGGAGGAUCUAUGGACUAGCUCUGGCAUGUCUUUUACCAUUAAGGACUUGUCCAAAGGCUUCGAGCCUCUGUUGCCUUUUAUGAAGAUAACUACAAGUGGAAAAUAUGGUCAUCUAGUUGUUCCUUUUCUACCAAACAAUUGUGGCCCCCUCUAUUUCAGUAAAAUUGUUAAAAACAUAGAACCAAAAGUCAAUGAUGUGAUCAUAUCAUAGUUAAAGAAAAAGUAAAUAAAUUCUUAAAUAGCCUUUUGAA